AAUAACUAUAAAAGAUUGUAUACAUAUAAAUAAAAAAACUGAAUUGUUCACUUAUUUUUAACAAUAUUUUAAUUCAAAUAAUGAUGAUUAUAAUAUUGUUUCUUACUUUAUCAAAUAUAUUUGACUUUAACUGUGCACAACAUCAAACGAACUUACUUGCUGAUAUAGUAAAAUCAAGAUGUACUCACUGGAAGAUUGAACAUGGAGCGACUAAUAUAAAUUGUAGUGAGAUCUGGAAUUCGUUUGAGAACAUUUUAAUUUCUCCUGCUGAUAAAUCACAAUGUCCUAUGAAACCAAAAUCAUACGAUGAUUUUGUUUAUCAAUUAUUUGAAUUGGAACAACAAGAACUACGACAACAACGUACAAUUCAAACUGAAUAUUACUUCCAUUCUCAAGUGAUGGAGGUCAUUCGUGGAAUGUGUAAACGUCUUGGAAUGUGUCGUUCUCUAGAAACUACAUUGCCAGGAUAUCUGUUUGAUGAUUUGAAUUGGUGUAAUAAAACAUUAACAGGCAUGACAAACUAUGGGACUUCAUGUGGAUGCGAUCGUAAAAUUGUUGUUCGGGCUUACUGGGAAAGUGCUUCGGCUGAGUUUGCUAGGAGAGCAUCUGGUAACGUCUUUGUGGUACUGAAUGGCUCGGUCAAGGUUCCAUUUGAUGGAAAUAAAACUUUUGGAAAAAUAGAACUACCACUGUUGAGUGGUCCUCGAGUACGACAAAUAACUGUGAAACUAAUUCAUAGUUUGGAAGAUUUCACUUACCGACAAACGUGUGAAUCGUGGAGUCUGCAACAACUUGCAAACAAACUGAACUCUUCGCAUAUUCCUUUUCUCUGCAUCGAUGAUCCUUUGGAGUUCAGACAUUAUCAAUGCAUCAAAACACCUCACAAGAAGCGAUGUCAGUUUUCAGCUUCGACGAGGUCAAGGGUCGUAGAGACAUUACUAACACUUUUAUCACUAGUCAUUUGUUUAACUUUAUAUACUUGCGUGAGUUGAAAUAACUUUUCAUGAGUAAACUUUGAACAGCGGAAAAGAAAGCAAAUACAACUCAGG